AUGGAAUUGCAGGUUGGAAGAUCCACACAGAUCAAGCACGAUUACUGCACCACCGACUUAGCCGAGAGCCGCAGAGGUGUGGAAGAGACAAAACAGCAACAGUUGCAUGUUCUCAUGAGUACUUUUACUGCUUGUUUUCAACAUAACAACGAAGUCAACAGAAACAGGGCGAUCAACGAACGAGUCAACUGGCUAGAAAAUGUCGCCAACAGACGAUUAGCUGAACUGGCAGAUGGCAACAUUGGCCAGGAGAGAAGCGCUUAA